UAAUCCAUCCGUCUUUCAACAGUUCCGCGACUUUCAACAACCAAUACCCGUUCCGAUACCCAUUGUGAGAUUCUUAUUGAAUUUUAUGCAUUGAUCACGAAUCCUUAAAUCGUUUUUCUCUGUCGAAAUAUAUGUAAAUUUUCGAAUUUUGAAAAAAUUUUGCUAUUUAGUUACAAAAGUUACUUAAUUUUUGUUUUCGUAAAAAUAUUUUUGAUACAUCGAUGUCGAUGAAAAAUACGUUACGAAUAUUUAAAUGUAGCAAGGUAAUGAUUUUAUAUUAAUUUCUUGGAAUACUUUUUAGUUUAUUUAAAAAAGUUAAUAUUUAAAGCCGGGACAGAUAUUUUCCUUAGGUAAACGUUCAAAAAAGAGUUGCAACGUAGGUUCUUUUUUUCGUGUCAGAAAGGAAAAUAACUUUGCAUGUGGUAACGUGCCAACGGUGGUAUCUACUUGAUGCUAUAAAGCGAUUGCACCGGGUUAGGGGACGUUCAUACUAAACAGACAAGAGCGUUUAGUGUAAGAGCGAAAGCAAGAGUAAUGCAUGACCAAAAGCAUUCGUUCGUGAUUAGUUACUUUAAAUGAGCACGAGCAAACUGAUCAAAAUAUUCGUAGAAUUUGAUGAGUCUCAUUUUUCAGUAGAAUACGUAAAAUGCACUUUGAAGUUAACACAGCUUUCUGCGAUUCCAUCUUAGCGUAUUAUGUUUUUAUUACUCUUGUAUUUAAGAGUAAACUCACUAAGACAUUAAUUUUAUGUAUUUUUAUAUUCGAACGAUUUUUCACAGGAUCGUCACCUCUGUGAAACGUGCUUUAAAAGACAGUUGGAAUCGAAGGCGUUAAGCGAAGUAUCCGAAUAUUCAAUAUGGUGAACUGUAUCAUGUCGAAUUGAAUAGUGCCGCAUUGAAUCUCGUGGAAUCGAAUGGUACCAAAUUGAAUCUCAUGGAAUUAAAAUGGGUCGAACUGAAUUACACGGAAUUAAAUUUCGUAGAAUUAAUUCGAUGACCGAUUAUUUUUAUAAUGGAAGAAUGCUAAUUUAGGCUCAACUUUUGUCGAAAUGGAGAAAAAUGACCAUUUGCUUGCUUAAUUUAAACACACCCUUAGACUGCUAAUCAUGCUAGUAUAGAGUACCAUUGUUGGCACUCGAUGAAGCUAUAUAUUUUAUGUCUUGACUUAAAAACACCUGUAUUGCAAUUUUUACUUAACAUUUUUUUGUUAUUUCAAAUAAAUAAUUGAUGUAAAAUCUCCACCCUUAAUGUUUGUAUUGAAAAUUUAUACUAAUGUAUUCGAGAAAUCUCAAGUGGUCUUUGUACGUAAACAAAAACAGAAUAUUUUUCGUUGUUACGUCAGUUAUAACCGCAAUAUAAAACCGGUACUGAUUUAUGAUAGAGUACAAUUCGAUGAUGUACAUUUUCAUCUUUGUUUAUAACUCUUCAUUUCUUCAAUUAAAUUAGAUUCGACCUUUUAAAUCUAAUUAUUAAUUGUUCCUAAUUACGAAAUAAAGCAAAUAAAAUAAAUCAAUAUUAACUUUAAUGUUUGAUGUUUGGUUGCUGUGGUAACUGAUCCUAACUUUCUCCUUUCUCUCCGUUAGGCUAAUAUUUUUUAUCGAGCUUUUCUGACGUUAUUAAUUUUUUCUUAUUAAAUUAUGGCUAAGUCAGCGACCACGUACGAAAAACCUCUACCACACAUAGGAUUAGCAGACUGGUAUGCAAGGCAAUGGGAACUUCAACAAAAUGCAGCUACCAGAAGUGCAGAGGCAUUUGAAUUAAGAAAUUCAGGACAAAUUGUUCGCUCAGAAACAAUGGUAAAAACAAUAUGGGACUCAUAUAUGAAUAACGCUCGUCUCGCGGACAGAGUAACAGAAUUGUCCCGGUGGAGAGAAGUGUUUAAUCUUAUACUAAAUAAAUUAGUUUGCGAAAUACAGUUGUUAAAAGAUGAGAAAGCUGAUGCGGAGAAAGAAUUAGAAACUUUGAAUGAUCCGUUACAAGUGACUGCACAAUGUAUUUCUAUGAGAGACUGUCGCAGAGGAACAGAACUUACUUAUGAUGAAGCUGAUACAGAAUUAAAGAAAGAACUUUGUGUUAUUGAAAAUAUAAAGAAAUUAGUAACUGACAGAGUGCAAGCUGCUUGGGAGAAAUUAAACCGUUUGGAGGAAGUUAAAUUUCAAGUACAAUUAGAAGUUGAAGAUAAAGAUGAAUCUAUUAAAAUAGAUAGAGAAAAUCUUAGCUUAGAUCGCACAUGUGCAAAUAUCACUUAUAAACCAAAUGCAUUAAGGAUUCCAAAAGAUUCCAUAUCUUAUGAAGCUUGGUUGGAACACUGCCAACAAACUAAGACCUUAGCUGAUAAUGAAUUGAGCGAUGUAUAUAAUUUUCGCGAAGCUAUGAACGUAAUAAGAGAACGUGCUAGAAAUGAUAUUAAGGCUCAGCAAGAUAUGACAGAUUUCAGUUUACGCAAAAGAAUUUAUCAAACGCAAAAAGCUCGGAAUGAGUUGGAAUGGCAAAGGCUUAAAAUUCAAAAGGAAAUUGAAAUUUUACAAAAAGAAAUAACACGACUGGAAGAUGCACAGCUAUAUAAAAUUGAUUCUAUAAAAUGCGUGGAAACCAGAUUGGAAAAUCGUACUUAUCGUCCUGGUUUCGAACUAUGUUCUGAUGAAGCUGAACUAGGUUUGCGAGAUGAAGUUUUACACUUACGAGAAACCGAACAAAAACUAACAAAAACUUUAGAAGAUUCUAAAGCGGCAUAUAAUAAUUUGGAAAGUCUACUUACGCAGCUUGAUAGUAAUUUGGACGAUAAACAACAUUCUUUAGCAACGGAUGUGAUGUGCUUAGACAUGAGAGCAACAUUGAAAACAGGGGACAGAACACGAUUACCUAAUGAAACAGACCGUAAUAUUGUUCUUACACGUAUGGAAAAAGAAAUACCACUGGAAUCAUAAAUAACUGUAAUG